UUAAACAGAAAUACAGAAAACGAACCAGAAUGGAAACAAAGGGUCGAUCAGAGUUCAGUAACAGUCUGUGUACACACACUUUGUACCAAUUCAGACCGUUAUAAACACUCCUCUCGUUCUGCUGUCCUGACAGAGCAGGGUGUGUUUGUUUUUGGUCUCAGAGCAGGAUGGUUGUUGUGAAGCGAGCAAUGCUGCUGCUGCUGGUGACGGCAGUUGGCACCAGUGCAGCGCCAACCCCCGAAGACUGUGACGGUCUGACUAAAAAGCUGCUAAUGAAAGACCUGGACAAGAUUUUCGGGGACUGGGUUCUGGUCUGGGCUGUCUCUGACGAUCUGCAAGACUUCGACCUGGUAAACUUCUCCAGCUCCCACGUCGAGCUCCAACUUCUCCCUGACAACAAAACCAUCAUGUACAAGGAGAGAAACAUGUUCCUUGAUAAGCCGUGUUCUCAGUACCUAAUCAAGAUGACGAUGCCCUCCGACCCCUCCGACUCUGACCACCACACACUGCACACCCACGCCUCCAUCUCGGAGAUAGACGGAGUUGUUCGUCCGUACAACGACUCAGGCAAAGUGGAUUUCCAUGAGAGCUGCUCUGACUGUCUGGUGUUGGUCUACAGAGGCAGCGUGGGCCGAUUCCUGCUCAUCUACAGAAGGGAGGGGCAGCAUCGGGAUGUUGAGCAGCAGAAAGCGGCCCACGGCGAUCAUCACAAACUGGCCGAGUGUCUGGGAUUUCCUCACGACAAACCGUUCAGCUACGACGGAGCCGCAGAUUUUUGUCAUAAGAAAUCUUCUCCAGCGGUGGAGCCUGAACAGUCCUGAGGGAAGUCAACGUAUCUCAGAUGUCGUUCACAAAUAAAAGAAAGGAAAAGCAAACACUAAAACCUGGAUGUUUCUUUUUCAGAGAGCUUUACACAUCCACACUUGUUCGCUCCAAAAUGAGCUUUGAUUCGAGUAUUUAUUGUAAUUGUUUUCCACAAAUUGCCUCAUCGGCUGUCUGAUGUAACUGCUAAGUAAACUUUGUUGUUUGUUGCUUUCACUA